GGCGGUGGAGGGGACCCCCCCCCCAUCCCCGGUCUGUCCCAGUUCCCCCUCCGGGGUCGGAGCUGUCGCUUUCGCUGGGCGCUUCUCCUUGCACCGGGACCCCCUCCGGGCCUUCUGCCCUGUGACCCCAGCCGGUACCGGGACCCCCAGCCGGUACCGGGACCCCCAGCCCACCCCUCAACUGACACCUGGGUCCCGCUGCUCGGCACCGGGACCCCCCCCUCCCAUCCCCAGCUGCUCCACCACCACCGGCCUCCUUGCCCCCCAGCCCAAAUCCCCUUCCCCUCCCGGGGGUCCUGCCCUGUCCCGGUACCCCCCCCAGCCCGGACCGUCUGUGGGGUGCACCCAGGGGUCCUUCCCCCCCCCUCCCCACGACCCCAGCCCCCUUCUCCAUCAGCACCCAGACUUGGUUUCUGCCCCCAGGAUCUCCCCCAGUGCUGGCUGGGGGUCUCGCCUGGGUGGGAAUCCUGCCCCAGCACCCCCCCCCCGCCCAAUUUGGGCCACCCACGGGUGCUGUGCCUUGGCCCCCGGGAAGAGGCCACCCGUGGGUGCUGCUGUGGGGAGCUGGGGUCCGCUCAUCACCCCAGCGUUUCGGUGACAUCUCCUUGUCCCCCCUUUCACAGCCUGCUUUUGGGACACCUUGGUCUCCCGUGGAGACCGUGGCUUUGCUUGGUCCCCCUCCACUCCCCCCCAGCUCUUUUGGGGCUGGGGGCACUUCAUGCCGGAGCAAGAAGCACCAUGACUUUGCCCCCCUGUGCACCGGCAGAGGCUUAGCAACGUGUCGUUCCCCCCCCCCCCACCGUUCUGGGUGACGUGAGCUGGGUGGGCAGGCGGAGGGGACGGGGACCCCUGUGACAAUUGACUUUGUGGGGACCGAGCCGCUUUGCCUCCUGCCCGGGGCUGCCUCCCUCACGCUUACUCUCUGCUGCUUUGAUUUCUCAUCCGCGUUCCUGCAGGCGUAAGGGACCUUGAAAGGAGGUUUUGCGGGGAGUGCCUGCAACCCUGCCUGCAAGUGCCAUCCCCGCUCUGCCCGCUCUGCCGCAUGCCCUUCGACCCCAAGAAGGUGGAAAAGGCUUCCAGCGUGGAGAAACAGCUUUCGUCCUACAAGGCUCCCUGCAGAGGCUGCAGCAAGAAGGUGACCCUUGCGAAAAUGCGCUCCCACGUCUCAUCCUGCGCGAAGGUGCAGGAGCAGAUGGCCAACUGCCCCAAGUUCGUUCCAGUCGUCCCCACGUCCCAACCUAUUCCCAGCAAUAUUCCCAAUCGCUCGACGUUCGUGUGCCCGUACUGUGGGGCCCGGAACCUGGACCAGCAGGAGCUGGUGAAGCACUGCAUGGAGAACCACCGCAACGACCCCAACAAAGUGGUGUGCCCAGUCUGCUCAGCCAUGCCCUGGGGGGACCCCAGCUACAAAAGUGCCAACUUCCUCCAGCACCUCCUCCACAGGCACAAGUUCUCCUACGACACCUUUGUGGACUAUAACAUCGAUGAGGAGGCAGCAUUGCAGGCUGCCCUGGCACUGUCGCUCUCUGAGAACUGAGGGUGACUGUGGAGCAUCGGUUCAGACCCCCCUCAUCACCCCGUCUCCUUUUGCACACUCGGCCUUCCUGCCGGGGAGGCACAGAGCUCGUCAACCCCCGGCACACCCGGAGACUCGCUGCCACCUCUCUUCCCUCUCCUCCCUGGGCAAAUCCCACCUUGUUUAAGAAGGUGGAGUCUCUUUAGCAUCACACUGAACCGGUGAGUGAGCAGAGACGUCUGCUGCUGGGAUGAGAGCGGAGUCGGCGCCGAAGGGCUGGGAUCGUUCCUCGGUUAGGCAUUUCAUAUCCAUAUACGGAGUAUAUACCUGUAUCCAGAUCUAUUUAUUAUUAGAUGCUUUUUGGCACCAUUUGUCUUCAUGCUCUGUGUUGCAAUUGAAUAGGUACGUAAAACUAUGAUGCAUUUUAUGCAGAAAUGCCCUACUUUGAAACUGUCAUCAUCCACCUCCUUUUUGAAAAGGAAGAAAACGGCACGGAGCAUCUUUUUUUAAACUCUGCAAGGCUAUUACCAGAGACGUCGGUCUGUCCCGUCCCCCGUGCUGCAGGCAGGAGCUGUCUCCUUUGCCUGCUACUGCCCAGGCCAGGCUGAAUCCCAGGGCGAGACGGUUGUCCUCGUGUGCCCUGUGAUGGCAGCGGGUUCGGAGGAGUCCAUGGGGACGAUGUCCGGCGUUCAGUGAAACUCUCACCUUCCUCGUUUUGUACCGGCUCUUGUGAUACUGAGUUCUUGCAUUUUUCUACAUUAAUCGGCGUGAUGCCUUUUCCACGUUUUAUAGAGCGGGAACAGAAGCUGUUACUCUUCACACUGCAAUAUCCGUCACCGGGGACAAGAGUAUUUUUAUGGAACAUUAUUAAGAAAGUAUAUUUUUAAAAAAAAAAAAACCCAAACAAAUGAACAUGCUGUGGAUUUGAAAUCAGGCAGGAAGCAGGAGCCGGACCCUGGGCCGGCAGGUGGGACUCUGCAGGGGCCGUGGGAAGAUCGCGGGUGUCCUCUUCGGUUGUUUUGGGGCCGUUCCCUUCCCUUGUCGUCAUGUUUCUCCGCAGGCGGGUGGUGAUGCAGGAGAGGCCAGGUCAGAGCAGCACCUCGUCAGCUGGGGGAACGGGUGCCAAGCGGCUCGCUGGGCUGCCUUUUUGAGGAGCAGCAGCACCACUUCCAUUCUCCAAGAGCCGCUUGGCCAGCCGUGCUCUCUGAGCUGCUAACCCUCUCCAGGACGCAUGGUCAGGCUCGGGGUGGCUUAACCCUUGCAGGCAGAGCUUCUGUGGCAGUGCUGGAUGUGGCCGCGGGCAGGGCGUAAUCUGGAGCGAUGGUUUUGUCUCUGCGAGCGGGCAGCGAGGGAGCAGGCAGGUUAGUUGUGGCACGCUGGCACUCGGUGCAGAGCAGCGGGGUUGUGUCUGGGCGAUGGGUGUGUGGGAGGGACGUCUGCCCACGCAAGACCCCAACGCUGAGCAUCCUGUCCCCCUGAAAUAGGGGAUUGCAUUUCCCUCUCCCGGGUCUCUCCCUGGGUAUAGGGCACACCUGGGCAGAUGUUGACCUGAGAGAUGCUCCAUAGCAUCCCGGUGACCUGUCCCCCCCGAUCCCCUUCCUCUCUGCUCCGCUGGGCUGGGAGAGGGUGGCGGGGAGAUCUCCUCUGCCAGGCCUUGGAUGGGCUGCUGCCAGCCUGAGCGUGGCCCCCCCUGUGCAGAGCUGCGUGCAGGGACCCUGACACCCUUUGGGAUCACACCGGCGACAGGAUCAGACCAAGGCUCUCGGUGGAGGAACCACGGGGAGGUGGUGAUGUGUGAUACCUGCAGACCUGCUAGUUCAGCACUAAUCCCACAGCACCAGCCGUGCCGCGUUCCCGCAGGGGUCUGCAGAGAAAGAGGUGUGGGAGAGCAAUCCCUCUGCAUGUCCCUGCUUGGAGAAGUGCCCUUUCAUCGUUUAUCCAAGACCUGGCUCCAGCUCCAGCUCUGCUCUAGCAAUACCGUCUUGUUUUUUACUUUUGAUUUAAAUAGUACUGGGUGUUUUGGGGGCCUGUGAGCUCCCACGUGCCACCGGCAGCCCUACCAGGGAGCAUGCAGAGACCCUCCACUCCCCUGGCAGAAGGCAGGGAAAGGGCUGGAGCUGCUCCGCUCCCCUCCCUCAAGCCUGCUAGCGAGGAGGGAUGGGGUCUUCUCUUACCAGCACGGCAUUGCUGGCACCUGCCCAGCCUGGGGGCCAUCCCUGGUGGGAUGGAGAGCACUUGCAUCUCCCAAAAGGGACCCAGGAGGGUUUCCCUGUCCCAUCCUCAGCUGGGACCCUCGGGUUCGGGUCCCAGAGCAGCCUCCAUCAGAGCUCUCAGUUGCAGGGAGCUCCCUGCCUCUGGGGCAGCACUAUUAACCUCUCUGUCUCCUUCCUCCUCUUCCUCCUCCUUUUUGCCCUGCGACACUAGAGCAGGGGCAGCAACGGCUGCUUUUGUAAAGCACUUUAAGGGCCCAGGCUGCGAGGGUGCAGGCAGGCGCUGCACUGCACAGGCAGCUCCUGCCUCUCCCCACUUUGUGCAGGGUCAGGUCUGGCUCUGCCUGCCGCCGGCCGGGCUGUGCCGGGGCUCCUGCCAUGCCACCGGCCAUGCUCGUUAGCGUGUUACCUGCGACUUUUUGCAUAACUAGAACUUUUAACGAGACGUACUGUUUUUUGAAGAAGAAUAAAAUCAAUGACGUAUUUGUAGCAAACCAUUUUUCUCAAUAAAGGCAGUUUCAUCCACA